UUAUGGUUCCGUGUAGCGUUCCUGAUCACUGGCGAUUAUUUUUUUUAAUAAAAUAACACGCUGUUGUUUUGACAACUGCAACCAGAUUAUUCACUAGCUUGCACAUGCUAGAAGAGAUUUUAUAGUGUUUAUUCUUUCUGAAAACUAUUUAAAAAUGCCGAAAGUGCGGGCUGAAAAAAAAUCCCGUGUACAUACGGAAGUAGCAAAGCAAGGCAUUGUUUUUAAUAAGGAUUUUGGACAACACAUUCUUAAAAAUCCGCUCAUCGUUACAUCAAUGUUAGAAAAAGCAGCGUUACGGCCAACAGAUGUGGUACUGGAAAUCGGUCCAGGUACCGGUAACAUGACGGUAAAAAUCUUGGAGAAGGUAAAAAAGGUGGUAGCUUGCGAAAUCGACCCACGAUUGGUAGCAGAAUUACAAAAGCGUGUACAAGGAACGCCUUUCCAAUCUAAACUGCAGAUUCUAAUAGGCGAUGUAUUAAAGUCAGAGCUACCAUUUUUCGAUGCUUGUGUAGCGAAUAUGCCUUACCAGAUAAGUUCUCCCUUCGUGUUCAAGUUACUGCUUCAUCGGCCGUUUUUUCGUUGCGCUGUGCUUAUGUUCCAGCUAGAGUUUGCUCAACGUUUGGUAGCCAAACCGGGCGACAAACUCUACUGUCGGUUGAGUGUGAAUGCUCAACUGUUAGCGCGUGUGGAUAUGUUAAUGAAAGUAGGAAAGAACAAUUUUCGACCCCCGCCGAAGGUGGAAUCUAGUGUGGUACGAGUUGAACCAAGAAACCCUCCACCACCAAUCAACUAUACUGAAUGGGACGGGCUUACGCGGAUAGCUUUUCUGAGAAAGAACAAGACACUUGCUGCAGCCUUCAAGCAAAGCACUGUUCUGACAACUCUUGAAGAAAAUUACAAAAUUCACUGCUCCCUGAAAAACAUUGACAUACCGGAGCGGUUUAGUAUGAAAGAGAAGGUUGAAGAAAUAUUGCAAAAGAUAAAUGCCGAGAGCAAACGAGCGAGAACUAUGGAUAUAGAUGAUUUCAUGACUGUUCUCCAUGCUUUCAAUGUCGAGGGAAUUCACUUCAAAUAAACAUGAUUUGUUUUGUAGAUAUAAUUAACACACUUACUCUUGUUACAGGAAAAAAAGGUUAAUAAAAACAAUCUUUUUAAAUUUACCAAAGAAACUGUUUGUU